CUAACGCUAGGCCCUAUCCCUAACCUCAAAGGUGUAAAAUUGUCUUAGCCUUAGCCUUCAGUGAAAACUGAAAACUAAAUUCUUAUUUUAGACGAUUGUGCUGAAACUGUGUAGGGGUAGGCCUUACUUUUUAUAUAUUUAUUUUAUUUUGUUAAGUCUAGUAGGUACAGAUUUUUAAUUUACAUGUAAAGUCAAGACGCUGUUACUUUUCCAAAAACCAAUCUUAAGUUAUCUAAGAUGCCAUUAGAGAAAGUACUUCCUGUCCCUGAGCCUCCUGCAAUACAACAAUCAUUAGAGAAUCGUAGACUUUGGAUUGGAAAUUUAGAUGCUUCUGUUAGUGAGUAUCACCUCCUGAAAACUCUCGAAAAAUAUGGGCGCCUGGAAAAGUUUGACAUGUUGUUUCACCGGACUGGGCCGCUGGCUGGGCAACCAAGGGGUUAUGCCUUUGUUACCUACUCCACCAAAGAAGAGGCAGAGCAGAUGAAAGAGGCUUUAGAUGGGAAGAAGAUGGGGAACAAGUACAUUGCCGUGCGAUGGGCCCACAACUUGAAUACGGAAGAAAAAGAAAAACAGAAGGUUGAGCUUGAUAUUCCAGUUUUAACAGGAGGGAAGAAUGAACAAAAAGUAAGUCGAACUACAAAAAUACAAGCAAUAGAGGCGAAGUUGAAAAUGAUGGAGAGCAACUCAGAAAGUGAAUUUCAACUGAACGGAGGGCCGAGCGGUGUUCGAUUACAUCAAGCUAUUAACAGAGGAAGACAAACAAGAUCAUACCAUAAGACAAAAAUGUACACAAAACCAUACCACCGUAGGUGAUUGAACUGUAUUCAAAAUGAGGAUUACCAUAAUUCAUUUUUUAUUUUGAAUUAACGCUCCUGCCUAUCCAAAUCUUAAGGCGUGUUUACACCAAAGUUUACAACUAAAAAAUUAGAGCAACUAUUGGGAGAUUUUUUUGGAAAACUAAAAGUUUCACUUCUCUAACUUGAAGCAACAACUGGAAACAACCGACAUCGCGACCAGGGUGUGUGAAGGGGCGACAGUUCUCCUCUUGUUUUCAACAAGUUGCUUACACAAAGCGUGCCGCAACAUGUCUUUCACUUUUAGAAGUCAACUUUCUAACUUUGAUCUUACCGACACUCCACAGCAAACUAAAAUUUAGUGCAAGUCUUGUCUAUCUACUAGUGGAAGACUGAAAAAGUUACUGUAUUUUGUAGAAAAAGCAACUAAGGGAAAAAUAGUGGAAGACUUUGGUGUAAACGCGGCUAUAAAUGUAUAUAGUGAUGGAUACAGUGUAAAUGUAAGAUCAUAGACAAAUAGAAUAAAUAUAGACUGUCAAAGGAAGGUUACGGCGCCCACCGCUAGGGUUUGCCGUGUAGUUACGGCUCACACCGCUGCAGGCGGGGAGCGCAGGAGCCAUAUGCGACCAGCAGACGCUGCAGUGGUGUGCGCCGUAACUACACGGCAAACCUAGCGAUGGGCGCCAAAACUUCUGCUAACCACAGCACAGCUGACGGUCUAUAUUUAUUCUUUUUGUCUAUGGUAAGAUACAGGUACUUUUUUAUUGUAUGCUCAAUAGCUGCGAUGCCCUGUCCCAAAGUAUUCAAUUUAGUUUAUAGAUUGUCAUUUAAUCAUAGUUAUAUUGUAUUCAAAUGCCAUCCAAGAGAAACAGAAUCUAAUUUUGAAACUUUGAAUUAGGCCUACUUAAAAAAGUUCACUGAUCUGUA